AUGUCGUCGAAUAUCAAAGCAUCCAAUGCCACCAAACCACGUAAACGAUUCAUUGGUAGCAAACAUGCAACUCCUACGAAACAUGGCAUGUCGUCUAUUGUCGCGAAUCAGAUCCCCGAAGACAUUCUCACUGAUGUGCAAUUGAACGCCGCGAUCAAACAACUUCCUUCCAAUUAUUCUUUUGAAAUCCACAAGACCAUCCACCAUGUACGGAAGAACAACGCCCAGAUGGUUGCCCUUCAGAUGCCGGAAGGCUUACAGAUGUUUGCAUGUACCAUUGCCGAUAUCAUUGAACGAUUUACCGAUGCUCUCACCGUGAUUAUGGGAGACGUCACGUAUGGCGCGUGUUGCAUCGACGACUACACCGCGGUAGCUUUAGGAUGCGAUAUGCUCGUCCACUAUGGACACAGCUGCCUUGUACCAAUUGACCAAACAACAAUCAAGACUUUGUAUGUGUUCGUUGAGAUUGCCAUUGACUCUUCCCAUUUGGGGCAAACCAUCCGAUUGAAUUUCCCAAACGACCGUCGACGCUUUCACGAGGCCCUCUUGGAUUCAGAAGAAACUGAUAAGGACAUCCCUGCUGGCAACCCAUUAACACGAGGGACACAUCUCCGAAUCGAAGGUCCCGAUUCAUCUCAUGAAAUGAACGAUACUGGGGUAGACUCUCCGAAUGGUCUAUUAUCUUCAUACGAGCCCACUCGCCUCGCCUUGGUCUCUACGAUUCAGUUUGUAGCGGCACUGUCUCGGCUAAAGGAUGAUUUGACCGUGGAGUACGUGGAUCCGCAGUUAGCACCCACAAGGAUAAUCGAGGGAUCGUCGAACGCUGUUCAGCAAACAUCCGCCGUUGGUCGCCCGAGAUUGUGGACGGGAAAAUAUGACGCUACGAUACCACGUUCAAAGCCUCUAUCUCCAGGCGAGAUCCUGGGGUGCACGGCACCACAGUUGGGGGACGUCGAUGCCUUGAUUUACUUGGGCGAUGGUCGCUUCCACCUCGAAUCAAUCAUGAUUGCAAACCCAUCUGUACCCGCUUUCCGUUACGAUCCGUACUCCAAGAAGCUCACGAGAGAAAGGUAUAACCAUACAGAGAUGCGGACGAUACGGGAUCAGGCGGUGCGAACAGCGCGGCAGAGUAUUGAUGCGUUUUCUUCCUCGCCAUCUCCCAUUGGCGACAUGGCCGUUAGCAGCCAGAAUAAUACGCUACUCUGGGGCGUGGUCCUAGGUACCCUCGGGAGACAAGGAAGCUUCCGGCAGCUCCAGGCCAUCACCCAUCAGCUCAGCACCUCUCGCACGCAGAUACCUUACAUGCCGAUCCUGUUGUCCGAGCUUUCACCUGCGAAGCUGGCAUUAUUCAGUCCGCACAUCGCGGCAUUUGUACAAACUUCAUGUCCUCGAUUGUCCAUCGACUGGGGUUAUGCAUUCGACAAGCCGCUGCUCACUCCCUACGAGACGGCGGUGGCGGUCGGCAAGGCGGUCGGCUGGAUGGAUGAUUCUCAUGCAGAUGAAACAUCAGAGUCGGGAGCGAGAAAGGAUGCAUACCGCAUGGACUUUUACGAGGCUGGCAGUCCAUGGGCUGUAGCGAGAGCAAAGGCGGCGUAUUGA